UGUGAAGCGCCAAAGCCGCGUCUGGGCGAAGUUAACAAGUCCGAGAUGGCCUCCCAGUGCAGCGUUAACACUGAGGCUCAGAGCGUCGAGGGCCAACAGCAGCGGGACGCUGUUUCGAAGAGAGGCGGUGUUUUCACAUCCGUUUUCUGUCGAGUUUCACAGUUUUGGCCAGUCAGCUUUGUGGUACGUGGUUUUCGUGGCUUGUGUUGGCUGUUUGGGUUUUCCUCUCCCAGAAAGGCCCUCCUCCCUCAUCCAGAGGCGGGAAGUUCUCCGGUUGCACGGCAGUGCCGGACAGGUCGAAAGCGCCUGUGGUGGGCCUCACGCCUGCUGCUGGCAGUCUUGCCCCGCAGGGUCCAGGGGCUGCUAGGUUUCCCUGUCUGCACCAGCAUUGGCUCCUCCGUGUCCCCAGUAGAGGUGCGCUGCUCUCCCACUAAGCCCUGCGGGAAAGGCAGUAAGCGGAAGCAGGAUGACAUGGACGAAGAUGAGCCAGAGCAGCAGUCUUGGGUGGAGGCUCUAACGCAGGACCUGACUGAUGAGGACCAUGCUGAUGAUCCAGACUAUGAACCCAGUGCAGUUGAGACGGACAGUGAGGAGUACAAGUCCCACAAUGACACAGAGAGUGAUAUUGAAGUGGAAAAGGGUGUUGUUGUGAUCAAAGAUUUGGAGAAGGGCAUUCCCCCUGAGGCAUAAUGAUGGCAGAAUGGCAUGCUGGGUAUGUGUUUGCCACUGCAAUGAUGGUGGGUUAAUGAGCGUCAACUGAAUUUCUUUUCUGCUCAUGUUGUAGGUGUUACCAAGAGUGUCCUGUCUUGCCAGUAGUGUUUUCCUUUUGUAUGUUUUUCAAUGUAUUGUUGCUAUGUUCUGAAAUAAAACUGUACAUAUUAA